UGUGUGUACACAACUAGUCAUGGUGUUUAAUGCAAAUCACAUUCAUACAGUUGAUAACGGCUCUAGCGAGGUGAUAUACGAGUUGCAUGAAGUGUAAACAGCUGCAGGUAUGUGCCAUGACUUACAUAUAAUGGCAGAUACCAGGACUUUUGAGGAUGUGAGGAAUACAGUUCUUUCAGCCCAUAAAAAUACAGGGUCCGAGGAGAAGGUUACGUUCUAUAACACUUGGGCUGAAAGCUAUGAACAGGAUACUGCAAUAUUGGACUACCGUGCUCCUUUUUUAGCUGCAGAAUGCAUUGCUUCACACUUCACCAGUGAGAAAGAGAGAGCUAUUAUUCUGGAUGUGGCAUGUGGGACAGGGCUGGUCUCCAGACAUCUGAAGAAAAUGGGGUUUCGUCACUUUGUGGGAGUGGAUGGAAGCGAGAAAAUGUUGAAUCUGGCCACAAAAACAGGCCUUUAUCAGGAGCUUAAGCAGUGCAUGCUGUGUCAGGAUCCCUUGCCUGUUCAAGAUGAGUCAUAUGAUGUUGUAGUCAUUGUGGGAGCUCUGAGUAUCGGGCAGGUACCAGUGGCAAUCAUCAAGGAGCUCUGGCAAGCCACCAAGCCGGGUGGCUAUGUGUGCAUGACUACAAGAGGGAAUGCUGAUAAUCUCGAGUACAAAGCAGAGCUGGAAGGUGUGAUUCGAGCGAUGAAGGAAGAAAAGAAAUGGAGUCGUGUAGCUGUCAUUGUAGUGGACAAGUGGGAGAAAGCGGUGUCUGAACAUGAGUUUGGGUACAUACCUGGAGUCGUUUAUCUCUAUCAGAGAGCUCAUUAAAUACGGAUGUGGUUGUGCUAGAAUAGCUGGGAGCUGGGAAACAUAUUAUACAUAAAGAUAUACAAUACAUAUGCAUGGCCUUUAAAUAGUAGCAGUAGCCUAAUAGUGAUUUUAUGUGUAAUAUUUCAGCAGGUGAAUAGGACAAAAACAAUGACCAAUGAAAACAGUUAAAGAGAGAUCGUAUUUAUGAUUAAAAUCUCAAUAUAAAAAAUACUAUUGUAACAGUGAUUCUAAAAUUAGCACUCAUAUUUAGAUACAAAGCUGAACAAUUAUUUUUGUUGUUGUCCCCACAGUAUAGUCUUGCUGUUAAAUAAUGCAUUUAUCCACAGUUACUAAUCACUGAAUUGGGACUCAAAAUAAUGAUUGAUUAAUGUCAUUAAAACCAAAAUCAUAUUAUGGAAAUAAAUAAUAAACUGUAUUAUACCAUAAUACUGUUGACUUCUGUAUUCUGACUAGUCAUAGGGCAUUUAUUUUAUUGCACUGUUUCAAACAUGUUAUUAAUUCUAUAGAAACUUUUAAUUUCCAGAAUCUUGUAUGGUGUACUUAAUUGAGGUAAAGUUGUUCCUUAAAAUUUUCCAACACAGGAAAGUCUUCAAGACAAAGGGCUUUCUGGUUUCUCAGCAACAUGAAAAGCAUUUUUUUGUCCUAUUAACCUCAACACAGAGAGAAAACAGAGUAUGGUAAGGGAAUUACAUUUAUAGCUGCUACUGUGUAAUGUAAGUGAAAACAGGAACUAACUUGUUUCAUGCACUUUCCACAACAAUAAAUGUAACUAUAAACUGAUAUUAUAAAAGCGAUAAUCAUACGACUUUAA